CAGGGAGGAGGUGCUAGAUAUCCCUACCCCAAGGAGGUGUGGUCCCCAGCCGGCGGCUGGUGGACCCGCCCGUCGAACUGGAAGGCAAACACUGCGAUCUGUUUUGCCGGCAUUCUCGCGGUGACGUACGGCGUGUGGCAGGUCAGCGCAGACAGGGAGGUGCGUGCGGUCUCUUCUCGGUUGAGAUGUGCUCGCGGGCUGAGACGGCGAACCUUCGAAGCGCCGAUACGUCGAGCCUAUCAGGCCGAUACCUUCAAUGCUGGUGAGUUUACGUCUUAG